AUGGCGCGUCGAUCAGCUCGUCUGCUCAAGCGUGAGACCACGCCCGACACCUCGAUGCGGUCCGAAGACAGUGGGCAUACCGCCUCGACGCCAAACCUAGGACUUCCGGACCUUCCAGAGUUGCCAGAGCCCGGUAUGGAGCAGAAGACGCCCUCGAAAGUCGCCGAAGGUCUCAAGACUCAGACAAAGCUACCGCAUGCGACCGCGACACCCACACCACACAAGAGUAAAUCAACCAAGCCGCUCAUUGAUGCCGCCACAAGCCAGACUCCCAAGGAUCGCACUCCGAUCAAGCCAGCAGGGCAGGAGAUGCAUCCUGCGCAUCAUCACGCGAGUACAGCCAAGAUUCUGGAUGAGGCGCGCUGGCUCGGUUUCCAGUCACUGGGUGCGCAUACCGCGCCAUCCAAAGCGACUGGCUUAGCGGGUCAGGCGACGCCUUCUAAGACCCCAGUACCUGCUACUUCGACGGCCAAUCUUGACUCGUCGCCUGACUUUCGCUUCCGCUUCAAGUCGCCCUUCUCCAAAGACGAGGCUGCACUGAGCCCAAGCUCGCGCAACAUCUUGAAAGACGCUGGGAUUGCAGGCACCCCCGGUGGUGGAAGCCGUGCUCUGUUUGGCACGAGCGAAUGGUCUUCGAAGGCCGACGUAUCCCCUCAGCGCAAGAAAGCUGAAGCUAAGGGCAAGAUGGCUCGCUUCAGCGAUGUACACAUGAAGCAGUUCAAGAACAUGGAUUCCAUCGCGAACCACCCAUCAGCUUUCCGCGCCGACCCUACCCGGUUCAAGCCUGUCGUGGGCCAGCCUCUCAAGAAGUCGCCCUCGAAGCCAGACGUAGCCAAUCCGGAGACGAACAAGCUCAAGCGUACACAGUCUAAGGUGGAUAUAGCGGAGUCAAGCGCGAGUGCCGCCGGUGAUCUCAAGCGUACACAGUCGAAGAUGGACCUGGCAGCAUCUGGAAGCAAAAUGCCCCCAACCCCGUUGAAGCGCACCCAGUCCAAGAUGGACCUUACCGGAUCUAGUCUCCCACGUUCUCAGUCAACGGCCCGCAUGGCUCCUCCUACACGCAACGGACGACCCGCCUCCCGCGAAAACGAUGGUGACCACAACCUGGCGGCAAAGCGUGUCAAGCGUACUGAGUCCGAUGAUGCUGCGACCACUCGCCCCGCGUCUCGUGAGAAGAUGUCUGAUGUCUCAGCACGUGCGAGUGCUACCCCGGCGCGUAAGAAGACCUCUCAAACCGCGCUUCCUCGCCUAGCUGCGCGACUGAUGACGCCCACGAAGUCGUCUAUUGCACGUUCGCAGAGCGUAAAGACUUUGAAAACUACAUCGAUGAUUCCAACCCUAGGAGGGUCGCCUUCCACGAACAACCUAGGGGCCUCGCCUUCCACCAACCGCAGCGUCAAGUUGCCUUCAGCGAGCACUUCAUUCCCUCCCCCUAGCAACAUCGGACAUCUGCAGGCUAUGAGGGAUGGAGCACGUGACAGCAUGCGCAAGGCGAGCCAGAACCUUCAGCGUGUUCGGUCGAUUCUCCGUACGCCAAACCGCAAGUUCUCGGACGACCCCAGCAAGAUCGCGGCAGGCACUCAUGUGUCGCCUCCAGCUUCAAACUUCGAGAACGCUCUGCCUGCAAUUCCUGCUACAGCUCCUGUUAAGAAACAAGUCAACUUCAGCAGUAGUACCUUGGAGCGUGCAUCACACGACGAGCUGGGUAAAUCACCGUCGCCAAUGAAGUUCAGGGCAGGCAGUGAGGUUCCUGCUGGUGUCGUGAUCUACCCUAGUCUAGGCUCAGGUGCACAGCACCCAGACCUUUCUCAAGAGAUUGAGACUCUUACAGCGUCUCCGUCAAGGCGUCUCACGUUUGGUGGCGAGACUCCUAACCACCCUCGUUCUUUCUCCUUCGAGUCUGGCAAGGCUGUCAACUUUGGCCCUACAUCGUCUGGCACGAUUCGCAUGGUUCGUGAAAGCAAUGUAUCUUCACUUGUUGACGGCACAAAGCGCAAGCUAGAGACCCUCCAAGAGACGUCUGACAAAGAAAACGACGGGCCCAACCAAGACGAUACACGCUCCAACAAGAAGAUGAAGCGCACGCCUGCGCCUGCUCCGAAGACCCCUGCCAGCACGAGCAAGCUACCUCGCCACACUCCAGCAGGACGUUCGAGUGCCAUCAGCAAGUCAAGGCUCGCUUUCCUUGCUACACCCAAGCGAAACAAAGCUUGA